AUUCGUCUUCACAUUCCACCUCUUCGUUCUCUUACUAUCAUGUUGUCCAAGCUCUUCGUUGCUGGCGCCUUGCUCAUCUCGUCGCUCUCGGCUGUUAACGCACAAACCGGUCAAUGUGCACGUACCUAUGUUGUCCAGGCUGGUGACAACUGCGAUACCAUCGCUGCCGCCCAGCAUGUCUCCACGUUCCAAAUUCACUUCGUCAACCCACAAAUCAAUGAUGCCUGCACCAACCUAGCUGUCGACCAGGUUCUGUGCCUUGGUAUUGUCGGCCAGGACUGCACAACGACAGCAGUUGUCAACUCUGGUGACACCUGCACGUCAAUUGAAGCCACUGCUCGGAUCCCAGACGCAACCUUGAAGGCGAACAACCCGAACGUCAACGCAGAUUGUUCGAACCUUCGCAUUGGAGAGGUCCUGUGCACGUCUUUCCAGGUGUUCAACUACACGACGACGGCUUAAUGAGAAUCUAACGAGUGAUUCAAAUACUCUUAUUUUUUGUUUGGGACUUUAGAAAAUUUAAUGGGUAUAUGGGUUGUAGUAGUUACUGCUGCAUGUGUUAGAGAAUAAAGAAUCUUUGUC